AUGGCUGAAUGUACUGACGGAAAGAAUCUGGAAACGCAACUCAAAAAGGCUGCUUUAGCGUCUGCAUGUACGCUUACAGGACCAACAGGAUUUCAAACUGAGGACCCACAUCAUGGUUCGUUUGAUGAGACUUGCUGCUUGUGUGGUUAUUUAACUCGUCAUGCAGUGCUAACAUUACUUCUUUGAUUUACAGGCGGCAACUUUGAGAGUGUAGAAGACAAAGUAAGAAGAGUCAGACAAGAGGGUAGUGUAUAUAAAUGGGAUGAAAAAGAAGAGGGAGACGAAGCAGGUAAAUAACAAACUAAUAAUUGUUUUUAUCUAAGGUCUUUCACUCUUUCACGGCUCCAGUCGAAAACUGAAACAAUAUCUAGUUUCAUUUUCCUACCACCCGAAUAAUUCUCACAGAAAGGUGCUGCUCGAGGUACCCAGUACUUUUACUUGCAUUUGCACUCUAAAAAUUUCGUCUAUAGACACAAUACAAAACUUUGGUUCGUUAGUUAAUGUGAGUGUAGCGCGUUUCAGGUCCGUUUCAGCUCAGUUAACGAGUUCCUUAUUGUACAGAGACCUAUGUAAAUAAACAGUUCAACAGAUAUUUGUCAGCGUCGCUGUGGUAAUCUUUAAAAGCAUUUGCAUACGUAUUGGCAAUAAACCAGAGAAGGACAUGCAUUGUGUCUGUAUUUCUCUUUUGAAAGCCUCUUUAGUUUCAGUAGAGAAUGGUUGUUUGACGAAGAAUAAAACCAUAUGUUAUUGUUGAAACGAAUCAGACGUUUGGUAUUUAGCUUUCGACACUGGAAUCUGAUCUAUCGUAUUUACCUUCAGGCAAGACAUAGCCAAGAAUAGAGGUCCUGUCUGGAUGAAGGGACAUCUGCUAUUAACAAAGAAAGAUCUUUGACCUGUCACAAACCAGCUUGUGAUCAAAGAAGAUGAUUUUUCAUUCAUAGAGUGGUCAUUCAGGCAAGAGCGCCUUACAGUUCAGAGAUAUUUUCUUUAAUCUAGCCCUUAACCUUCCAAAGUUUCAAAGAGUUACUAUUAUGGCUCUUUUAAGAAGAUAAGAUAAACCGAGAAUACCAUAUGAUAGUACUGCGUAAUAACUUUUUUUUUGAAUGAUAACGAUCCCAGAUUGUUUUCCACAGACUUAAAAGCUCAAUACACCUUUUAACGCGUAUCAAAUACGAAUGUACUGCUUAGUGUAGCUUUAUUUUGAGUGCUGUGGCUAAUUUUUUAUAGUUUUAUUCACAGACAAACUGUUAUUAAAGUCAUAAGAUACAUUUUAAAAAAAGACUACUACCUGAAAGUUCUUGUUCCUUUCCUUUCACUUGAAUUGCCAAGAAUUUGUGUCAAUGGGUUGAAAACUAAGAACCUUAUUUCUUUUAUGUAGAAUAAUAUAAUGCCCCUCAACGCCAGGAAAUGAGUUCCUAAAUUUGAAGCACUACAAAGUCCUGUUAAAGUAUAUAUGCUAGAAAGUCUAGGAUAACCUUGAAUGUUUCACUGUUAUUACAUGUAAACAAACGACAUCUUUCUGCUAGCUUUACAGUGGCUUGUAAUCAGUUGGACCAGAAAGGGAUAAGCGUUUAAAAGGAUAAAAUUAACUUAAAAGCUGAUUAAGUCUUGUGUAAAUAACGCAAAGAAUUUGUAAAGAAAUAAAUUUACAAUUUUAUUUUAUGCUGUUUGUUCUUUGUUGUUUUUUGUCGUCAAUUUUUUUUAACGGAACGUCUUUUAGACCAACGCUUUAAUCAACGAAACUGUGAUUGAAAUGAUAUAUGUAUUAUCACACUGCUAGAAAGUGUCUGUAAAUUCUUUACUUGUUCGGAAACAAAAGCCUGUUAUAAAUUGCGAUAGCUUGUAAGAAGUGAUCCGAAAAUCGGCUUCCCAAAACAAUGAGAUGGAGGGGUUUUCGUGUUUAAACGUCUGCAAUAUGUGAAUAAAAGGCAACUCGAUGAAUUCUCAAAACAAAAUUGAAUUAUAUUGUUGCACCGUGGCUUUUCCGUUUCGCAGGCCUCUUUAUCAACGUCAGCUCCACUUGGGAAAUGUUUUCAUUACUGAAAUGGAAUGGAAAUUAGAAAUGCUAGCAGCCGAUAACUCAUAAACGUCUUAAAAUCCCGACAAUGGCAUUUUACGGCAGGCGUCAUUUUCUGUUCCGCGUGGAGUCUGGACCUACUCUCGCUUUCGUUUUUUGAGUUCGGAUUUGUUUUUCUUUACGACAAAAAAAUUCCAGGUUUCUGAUAUUAAUAUCAAAUUCUUUGAUUCUUCAUGAUUACUCUUACAGCUCGCUAAAGAGAUGUAAUCAAAGUAUAAUUGCCUUCCGAGAAAUUUCUCCGAUUCCUGGAACUGUGGGAGUCCGAUAAAGUCACGCAACGCAUCACGUAUGUAUAAAUGUGAGCUUAUUUUAUUACAACAAACUUUCGUUGUUUACAUAUAAAACCAUUCGUGUAUUUAGAAAGAAAUAUUAGCCUCCACAUCUAUGUGUAAAGGUUAACGACUUUGACAGCUAAAGGAGAUAACAGAAAUGGAUUGAGAUAUUUUUAAGCGCUUUAUUUUUACUGCCACAAGGGCGAGAAGCCAUAGUUUCGUCACGUAAUCGUAAGCCCCUUCUGGCCCUCCUGUCAUGAAAUGCGACGUGUUUUAGCAAUUGUCUGUAACUGAAAUGUCUCGUUAUACGAACAAAGGAGGUGUUUAAGUUAUAUUUGAGGGGAAAAUAGAUAAAUCUGGGUAAGUAACAGCUGAUGUAUCUCAAUAAUUCGAUAUUUGGUGGGGUGGGGGUGGGGUGCAGCAUGGGUCUUCUUCCCCCCUGUGAUGAACUCUAUAGGGAUGCUCCACCCAUUAAAGGUACCUUUUCUCCCGGGGGAAGGAGGGGGUACUCCCUGGCAUGGCCUAUCUGGGGAUGUGCCACUGGACAGGGUAUCAUUUUCUAAAAUCAGUCAGCAAAACCACAGCAACAAACCAGUGAGUGUAGAGUGAGUUGUAGACCUGGAUCAGUACAAUUAAACUUGUAGAAAAUAUGAAAUGGCAAACUGUUCCUUAACAAAAGAAAAAAACAAAAAAAUAUAUUUUAAAGAAAGUGCCCAAUAUUUCGGUUUGAAAACAAACCUUCUUCAGGAGCUAAAAGAAAAAUGGAAAUAAAACUUACAGUUUUUAUGUUUUUUUUACCUCUCUGUCCUAAAUAUAAUUUUCCUGCGUCUGUCCUAAACAGGGUUUAUAAUUUUUUGUGAGUUUGUCCUAGUUAUAAACAGGAUGAAAUUGGUUUGUACUCCAAGUAAACAAAACCAAUGACUAUACCGUGAAUUUGCUCUCUUGCAAUUGCCAGAUUAUAAGAACAAGAUGGCAUGCAAUUUGUCCUUGUCCUAAACAGGGCAAUAAAGUUGAGGGUGUUGUCCUAAAUAGGCUGUGUAUUUUAGAAUUUUUUUUGUUCUAAACAGGGUCAGGGUUUCAAACUGUCAGUGGCUCACCUUAGAUACCCAAAUAUUGGUUGAGUACCACCCCCCCAACACCCCCACCCCUGGGCAUUUUUAAGAGGUAUCAGUAAAUAAAGGGGUAAGGACCGCAGGGGUUGAGGUUCACACUUCUUUGGCCUUUGCCUUUCUAACAAUGCAUUUGUUUCACUGCAUCUACUUGUUUCAUCAGGAUUGUUUUUUUUUAGUCAAGAGUAAUGUAAUGCAAUUGUAUGGGUUUUGCCAGGGGGUUCUCAACAAAGUGUUAUACAGGGAGGCUCUACCCUUAGGUCCAAUCCCUUUGCAACUCAUUUUUUUGUCAGAAAAGUACCGUAUUCCCUCGAAUAAUAGCCAUCCCUCGAUUAAUCACCUCUCUCGAAUAAACACCCCCAUUUGAUGGAAAUAUUAAAACUAAUCGCCUCCCUUGAAUAAUCGCCCCCCCAGCCCACCCCUCUCUCCAUCUUCACUUUCUUUUAUCCCCUCCCAGUCGAGGUGAAGUGGAAUCUGAUCCAGCAAAAGUGAUCAGUGCCAAUUCAAGCUCUGAAAAUGAAUCAUGGAACCAAAUUUGGAAAACUUAAAAAGCCCAUUCUCAGUUUAUUUGAUCUGAUAAUUUUUUAUUUAUUGGGAUAAUAUAACAAAAUAUUUAGGGCACAACUUCCAGUGAGCAAUAUUUGAAAUAAUUGCCACUCUUGAAUAAUCGCCGCCAGCUAUUGUUCGAGGAAAUACGGUACCCUUUUAGUAGUAAACCUUUUAUUGGCAAUUUAUUGGCACCCCCUUCACAUAUCUAGUAAAGAAAUUUGCACCUCUUUUAACAGCUAAAAAUUCAUCAGCUUUCAAAUAUGAAUAGGUCACAAAAAAAUGUUUUCUCAACUUUCUCAGAGCCAUAAAUGUAUCUGUUAGCCCUGUUUGGCCUUUUUACAAAAUGAUUUGACUACUUUCCCUACCCUUUCAUAUACUUCAACUACUGACACCCCUACCCUUUCUUAAACCUGAAACCUGAGAAAAGGUACCCCUUUUGGGCAGAGCUUCCCCAUAUAGACCAUUAUAGAGAACCCCUCCCACUUACCUCAGGGAGUUUAGACCUUUGAGAGAAACAUUUAACUCCCCUAUCUCCCCCUCCCCCUCCCCCUGGUUGAAGUAUAUAAAAGGGCAGGGAGGUCUGUCAUUUGGGUUUGUGAAAGGGCCCAAAAGGGCUAACAGAUGAAUUUUAUGGCUUUAUAAAGUCGAGAAAACAUUAUAUUUUUGUGAUUAAUUCCUUAAUUUAAAACACAGUGCAUUUACAGCAGUUAAAUGGGAUGCAAAGUUCUAAACAGGGUAUGUGAAAGGGGUACCAUUUGUCAAUAGCAGGAUGGGAAAGGGGUACUUUUUUUGUGAAAAAUGGUAUAUAAAAGGGUAAGAUGUUGGACCUCGGGGCGGAGCCUCCCUGUAUAAACAUUUGUUGAGUACACCUCCCUUGUGGAGGGCUGGUUUAGUGGUUUUCAAAAGGCUUGAUCUUUCCACUAUACCACCAGAAUACCCUACUGUUACUAAGCAAACCAACACAUAAGUAUUGAAGUUCUUUUUUGCAUUUUUAUUUACCAAGACAAAGUUAAGGUCAAUAAAAACAAGACCUGUCAACCUGAAAAUAUGGAAAGCCUAGGGGAUAUAAUUGGCUCAAAAGCCUGGCCCCAGUUGUUCAAAAGGUGGAUAACACUAUCCAACGGAUAAAUCUCUAUCCAUUGGAUAGCGUAAUUGGUUUCCCUAAUAGUUAUCCACUAGAUAGUGAUUUAUCCGGUGGAUAGCGCUAUCCAGCUUUUGAACAACUGGGGCCUGGAGAUUACCUUAAAAACCAGGAGAUUUCUCAUAAUCAUAAGGAAGUGAAUAAUUAUAACUUUUGUCCAUGGCCUAAUGAAGGAUUUUUAAAAUAGAGGAAAAUUUUUGUGGCAUAAACAUCCAUUUUUCUAAAUGACCAUAUUUGGUAUACACCUAAUACAUGAACGUUUUCUCAGUUUAUUUGCCGUUUUACAGUACCAAGUGUGUAUUUUAAAAUUCAUUCUGAACAAAGAAGAUAAUUUUCUGAAUGUCAGCAAAUUUUGGUAUUUUUAAAAUUAAUGUCAUUAAUAUAAAAUUUAUAUUAAUAUUAUUAUUAUUAUUAUAAUAAUCAUUGUUAUUAUUAUUAUUAUUAUUAUUAUUUAAAUCAGAUAUUAUUAUGAAUUAUUUCAUAUACUUCACAUCAUUUUAGUCCUCACGGGAGAUAUGAACUCAAUAAAUUGACCUCGCUCCCAAUGUGUGGCUUCAUAGCUCAGUUGGUAGAGCAGCGCACCGGUAAUGCAGAGGUCAUGGGUUUGAAUCCCGUUGAAGCCCUGAUUUUUUUCAGGCUUCUUCUUUCCAAUUCCUUAAAAUGGAAAAUUUACUGCAAUGAUCAUUCUUCACUCUCAUCUACAACCGCAGUUCAAAAAUGAAAAAAAAAAUGACAAAAAAAAAAUGAAUUAUUUCAUAUACUUCACAUCAUUGACCAUGUCAGUUGCCUUAAAAUCUUCGCUACUCACCAUGAGACCAGGGGAUUCACCUCAAGACCAGGGGAGUCGCCCAGCAGGAUUGGGGGCUUGGCAGGUCGGAAAAAUGCAAAAAAGAACAGGGCCAAUAUUCAGCCAUCUUGACCAAACAAGACUGGCCAAGUGGCCAAAAAGAACACUGUUUCUUGCACAACCAAGGCAGCCUUGGAAAUCCUGAGUGGGCAAUGGGCUCAUUUUGCCUGCGAGGUAGCCAAUUAAAAACACAUGAUUCGCUUUAGCCCACUUGGGAAUUUGGCCAUCAUAAUAAUACUGUACCCUAACACAUAGGUUACUUUUAUUUAACCAAACCCUCAUGACAUGAUUUGUUUAUAGGCAUACAAUCAUAGACAUCUUAAAUUGGUAAAUGCGUUUUUAACCGAUGGCAUGUUCUUUGAUACAGUUUUAUAUAAUUAGAACAUAAACAAGAGAACUAUUCAAUAACGCAAAAACCUAAGCCAGCUCUUUUUAGUGAAAAUAUAAAGAAAAGUUUCACUCUAAGAGGAGCAGUCCCUUAGGUAUAAGAAGCAUGCUGGGGGUGGGGGGGAGCAGUGAAAUCCCUUAGGAAAGAGACAGGCCCGAUGCUUGUAAAAAAACUUAGAAUGAAACCCCUGAAGAAGACCAAUCUAGGCGUGGCUUACGCUGUAUUAAUUUUGGCCCCUUUAGGGGACCAAUCUGGGCAUGGUUCAGGCUAUAUUUGACCCUUAAAGAGUCCAAUCUGGGUGUGGCUCAGGCUAUAUUUGACCCACAAAGAGUCCAAUCUGGGUGUGGCUCAGGCUAUAUUUGACCCAUAAAGGAGACCAAUCUGGGCAUGGCUCAGGCUAUAUUUGACCUGUAAAGGAGUCUAAUUUGGGCAUAGCUCAGGCUAUAUUUGACCCAUAAAGGAGACCAAUCUGGGCAUGGCUCAGGCUAUAUUUGACCCCUAAGGGAGACUAAUCUGGUUGUGUCAUUUUUUUUCUUGCAGAGGUACUGUAGAAGUAGUACUGAUCAUGAGUGAAUUCUGGAAACGAGAAUUCCUGAGCCAGUCUUCCAGCCAGCAAAGGAAAAAGAAUAUGUCUUAACUGGAAUGAAUAAUCAUAAAGGAGCAGUAUGAUAACUCAGGGGAGACUCUCAUUAUAGAUGCGACAUGGAUUAAUGCCUCCUUGGAAAAUUAGAAUUUAACUCCUUUUUAUAACGGGACCAAGGUGAACAUGGCUAAGGCUCUAUUUUGACCCCUUAAGGACUCCAUACUCCAACACAGGGUGAUGGCAUUUUUUUUCUAUAGAUAUAUAAAAUGUUUUUCCUACAUACAUUCACUCACUCAUUUCUUUAUGGGUAAAAAUCCUGAACGUCCCAAAUUGACACCAAAAAAAUAAAUUUCUACUGCUAAGCUAGACAAAAAGUAUCCUUAAUCACUUUUGUGUGGGAGUCCAACCCCCUCACCCCCGAGGUAUGCCCCUAAUGGUUACAAGUUGGUUAUAUUAUGCUAUAGAAUACUCUUCUUCUUUAAUAGUAAAAAGAUUUUGCAGUCAUACUUAACAGUGAUUCUUCAAGGCCUUGAAUUUCAAGUCUAGUCGAUAGCAUGCAUUUAUUGGAAAAACAUAUUCCCCUUAGAUACUGUUUAUGGCAAUGAAAAUAUUUAAGGGAAAUCUCAAAGAUUUAGAAUUUCCAUGCUCCAUAUAAAACCAGCUUUCCCUGUCCCCACCUCCUUCCCAGGCAGCGUGCAAAGAAAGGUGUGUCCGAUAGCCCGGGGCUAGUGGAUUUUGCUAUCGGGCUAGUGAUUUUCGUUCUUAACUUGCCUGAUGGGCAAGUGCUCUUUUUUGGGGAAAUUCAAAUUACAGAAGGAUUGUAAUCAAUCCUGCUAAUCAAAAAGGGUUUUGGGGCUAGUAGAAAUGACUUGUGGGCUAGUACAUGCUAGCUACAGCUUGCCUGAAUGGCAGGCUGUAAAACUGAAUUUCUUUAUGCCCUGCCAGAAGAUAAAAUAUUGUCCUUUAAAUUGAAUUACAAGCAAACCUCAUUAAUACAGACACAGAAUUUUAGAUUUUUACUGAUUUAGUUGGGAGGUGCCCUGCAUGGGACUCCAGGUCCCGUUUGCACCUUACCUUUUGGUCUUUUUUUUGUCGUUACUGUAACUAUUUAUUUAGAGUGACUCAGACCAAUAAAGUUGAUAAAACAAAACAAACAAAACAGGAAAAAAAAGCACUUUCUUUGAGUGUCAAUGUAUUUAGCACGAAAGUGCUAAUUGGGGACACUAUAUUUUACGUCUCCUAAUGGAGACGGGGACCGCCAUUUUACGUGGUCAUCCGAGCCAGGCGAAGGUCCAGCCGCCCGCAGGGCAAAGGAAGUAUCUUCAUUUCUCAGUUAUUUUAAGACCCCGAGUAUGGGUCCGACCCUGGGGAUCGAACCCGCGACCUCCCUCUCUGCAGUCAAGCGCUCUACCGACUGAGCUAAUCCUGCCGCGGUUGAAGGGGCCAUAGAAAGUGCCCGUAUUCACGGGAUGUCUGUCUUAAGUGGUUCAUACUAUUAAAGCAGAAAAAGAACACCUUUUAUCAGCUUUUAUUAGAACAAAAUACUAAAAAGAUUAAUAAAAAAGGACAUUAGUAUCGUCAAAUUUAGCAUCUCUAACCUUAACAAAGCUAUCAUUCCACGAUGUAAAUGUAACUGAAACACUCAAAAAUCCGUCAUCUAUAUUAUCUAGUGAAGACUGGUCUAUGUGUAAUUCGUUUGAUGCCAAAAUAGUAUGAAAUUGACGUCUACAAAUCAUCUUAUCUGAUGUACCGUAGCAUUGGGGACAUCAACAAGCUGUCAAGGAUUUUUUCCCUUUAGAAAGGAAAGGUCUAUUAGAGUACACAGUGGAUAAUGAAAUGUCCACAUUAGUGAGGUUGACUUUCUAUGAGAAUCUGUUGAUUGGGCAAGAAACAAGUUUCACAGAAAAUGUAAGUGGUUUCCUUAGGGACAAAGAAAAUUGUCCAUUUAACAAGGUGUCUGUAUUAAGCAGGUGUCCAAAAAGUGGGGCUUGACUGUACCUCUUUCUAAACUAUUGUCUGUGAACCACACUGUAAGUUCCAGACAAAGUUUCUUUUUAUUUCUCUCUUGGUUUUAUGGCUUGAUCAAGCUUGAAGCUCAGAGGAAAUAGUUUCCCCGGGGGGGGUACUUUAGGAAUUUCUGGGUGGGGAUGUGCCGCUGGGACCCUGGAACCCUUAACCUAUACUAGAGCUAUUUCAGCUGAAUUUUGCUACCCUAUACUAGAGUAAACUCCCCAAAUCCCCCUAUCCUAGAGUAGCUGUUUUCCAGAAACUACUGAGGUCACUAGCACAGUCUAGCCAAAACAAAACCUUAUACCACAAUCCCUAGUUUAGAUAAAAUCUUCAACCAACUGAUCAGUUUCCUGAAAAAUGAUACCCUAUUCUAGACCCAAACGGCUCUGAUUUAUAUACCCUAUCCAAGAGUAAACUGCUUGAAAACCAUACCCUUCACAGCAGCACAUACCUAUAUAGCCCAUAUAUGGCAGUACCUCCCCCCCCCCGGUAGUUUCCUAACAUAUGCAUAAGUUUCUUCAUCCUCACCUCCAGGAUAUGGCAACUAAUUUCGACCAGGCAUUGUAAAUUUAAGUAAAAACUCAGACAGACUUCUUAUAUCUUUUAUGGGUAAAUUUUAUGCAUCGGUAGUAAUUUGUGAGGGGGAACUGGUUUUUUAUCUAAUUUUUUUCAUUAAAAAUUACAUUGCAUUGGUCUAACAAAAACCAGUUUCUCUUAUUAUCCCUUCGCUAUUGCAACCAAUUAAUAAUAAAAAGUUAAGCACACAAAAUGUGUAGCAAGGCUACUGGUAAACAAAGACGCCUCUAGACAUUUGGCCGUGAUCAUUGUGAUGAGAACCUUGUACCCCUUAGCUGACUGGGGAACAUAGGGUUAAUGUAACAGCUUCUCAAGCACAUAGGAAAGAGAGAUAACGAAGCCACUGGGAGGAGAAGGCGUAAUAAGGGGGGGGGGGGGGGGGGACAAAGCCCUUUGGCAGGUAAUUAGCGACCUCGGGUUACACGCACAAAAUAAAAGAAGUCCACUUAUCACCCCACUAAUGUGGUAGGGCAAAUUAUUGGCAGAGCCUUUUUUAUCUCCCCAGCGCCCCACUGGCUGGAUUGGACAAGAUGAAGGCAAACAGGUAAGGGCUGUUUCAAACGUCGUGCUACUGCCGUGCUAACCUGGCUCGACUGUAGCUCGACUGCAGCACGACAUUAGCACGACUUGGUUUCAGACGUCGAAUUUAAUUCACACAAUGACAGUCGAAUGGAACGGCUGUUGCCAAAAACAAAACACAAAAAUAAAGAAACGGUUUAGCAAACUUUUAAAUAUAUUCUAAUGUAUUUUCAUGAAUUGAGUUCGGCAUGGCGGUAGCACGACUUGGUUUCAAACGUUGCGCUACUGCCGUGCUAAAGUCGAAUUUAAUUCGAUCAAUUGAGUUCGGCACGGCAGUAGCACGACGUUUGAAACGGGCCUAAGAUGGCAGGACUCAAGGGAUGCCAAAAGCUUGGAGGAAGGCGCUUCGCAGACUUAACUGCGCCACGGCGAAUGACCCCAAAUGUUUACUGAUAUAUUACAAAAGGAGAUGCCUCUAAAGGGAGGCGGCGGGAAAUUUUCGAAAACUGUUUCCUAUCAUGCAAAGGUAAAGGCGCACACUAGCCAAAGGCCCUCACGGCCGGAGCUUAUUUCCGGUUUCCGUAGCAUGAAGCAAGCCCAGGAGUAUUGCUACUCCCCCCUGGACGGGAUGCUAGUCCAUCGCAGGGUUACCGUCGCCUGUACCAUUUGAUACACCUGAGUGAAGAGCGAAAAAGUGGUGUAAAGUUCCUUGUAUAAGGAAACAACUCGACGGGCGAGGCUAGAACCCCGGACCUCCAGAUCCAGAGUUCGAGGUGUUAACCGCUCAGCCACACACGCCUCCUCCUAUCAUGCAAGCUGACUGAAUAACGACCAGGUGUGGCAAGCCACAGCAUUUAACAGCGCUAAAGACAGUGUCUCCAAGAUCAAGCAAUAGAUAUAGAUGUACUGUAAGGGAAAGUUCAUUUAAUAUGACAAGGGGGGGGAUGAAGAUAUUGAAACUCGAAGCUUGAAAUUUUAGCAGCCCCCCUCGCUAGCGGUUCAAUUUUUUAGGAGCCCCCUCCUUGGUAGUCGAAAAAAUUUCAGAGCCCCCCCCCCCCUCCUCCUUCAAUUCCUUUGCUCCCCUGAAAAAAGAUCGCUAGACUGUAUUAAAUAUAUUUACCGUUAUUGUCUUCAAUGGUUUAUACUAUGACAAACUUGAGAUACAGUUGUGAUACAAUUUUCUAAAGCAUUUUUGGGAUGAACAAGAGUGUAAUAAUUACUGAGACUACAUUUGUUAUAUCUGUAAACCACGUGAUAUAGCUGAGUUGCACAGGUCAUUAAAUUGUUGAGUUGAAAACCAUCCAAUCUGUGUGAUGAUGUCAUGUGUUGGUUUUGAAGUAUACAAAUUUUCGGAGCCCCCCCUCCUAGCGCAACAAUUUUUUCAGAGCCCCCCCUUCGGGUGUCUAAAAAUUUUCGGAGCCCCCCCUCAAAAUCUUCAUCCCCCCCUUGUCAUAUUAAAUGAACUUUCCCUAAGCUACCUAGACUUACGGCGAUAAACGACUGGCCAAGACGAUAAGCCUUUUAAGCGACGACCAAUCCAUGCAGUGCUAAAUUUUUUUGUAGACAGGCAUGCAAUAGAUUACGAUACUUCUAGCCAUAAAAUGCUUCUGUUUAUAGCUAAAAGAAUGGAAUUCGUUUACAGAACGAAUCACGAGACCACAAAAUACAAUCGACCUUUAAUAUCUGGUAGUCUUACUCUGCCUACCCCCUUAACUGCAUUUACCACGUAGGAAAUGUCUUACAAAAACAACAACAACCGCAACUUAGUAACAAAUAAUUUUUUUUGAACUUGUCUUCUCUUCUCUAGUUCUAGCUGAAAGUUUUCCCCUCCAACCUUAUGAAAUGUACUCAAACGGGGGCUCCUGACUCAAAACAUUAUUUUACAGGCUCGAGGUACAAAGAGGCUCUGGUGACUGGUGAGUCUAAAGUGAUCACUUUGGCAUCAUUGAAAUUCUGGUUAAACGUGAAAAUGCGGUCCAUCCUAUGCAUGUCUUUGUUUCCUUUGGGUUUUUGUUUGCAUGAAUUUUUUUAGCGAAAAUCGCUGAGGCUAUAUGGCCGGUAACCGUCAAGGUGUUAAAAAUACUAAAUGACUGGCAGUCCCAUAUUCUGGGUAAAUUUCACAACAUCGAAAGAUUCUAGCUAAUCUAAACUAUCAUAUGUCGAUCAAGACAAGUCAAGCGAUCCUGAAAUGCUUUAUAGAUCUCAAGUCUAGUGUUUGGUUUACGCUGGACUCAGAAGAGGAAACCGUGUUUGUGACACUUAGAACUUUUUUCAGCUCGACUGCCGGUCAAGGUUUUCAAAACACUAAAUGGCCGGCAGUUCUAUAUUCUUAGAAAAUUUCACAAAAUCGAAAAAUUCCAGUGUCACAAAACAUGGUUUCGUCAUCUGAGCCCAGCGUAAAGAGCACUUCAGGAUCGCUUGACUUGUCUUAAUCGACAUAUGAUAGUUUAGGUUAGCUAGAAUUUAUUUGUUUUUUUCCCCCACAUCACUUUUCUGAUGAUCCGUCCCUUAUCAUGAGAACAUGAGAACUGCCAUUUGUUUUCAGUUUCAAACCUGAGUUGAAUCAAUUUCACAUCAAAAAAUGGCCAAUUAAGUUUCUUUAAUGUUCAAAACUGAGAGAUGCUGUAGUUAUUUUUAGUGCUCGAUGCGCAUUGGUCAGUUUAGCUGGCAGCCACACUCCUCCUCAAUUUAACAAGUGGCGCGGUCACUAAUUGACCUCUCAAGACAUGUGGAAAGUCGAUGUAAUCGACAAUUUAUAACCCAUGAUCGAGAAAAUUUUAGGCGUUAUAGCCUUAUCUCUCGGGAAAAAAGCGACUGUUUAUGCUGUCGGAAGGGUGAGUACCAUCUAUCCUUAUUUUAAACAGUCUUAUGAUCAUUGCAUCCCCCGAUUCGUCGUGAGGUGUCGCGUGCACCUUACCUUGAUCGAUACGCUUGCUGAAUUCACCAUUUGAUAUAUUUCCCGUUUGCUGAGAAAACCUAGGGUCAUUAGGUAGUUUAACAAUUACUUAAAGAAAUGGCUGAGUGUUUUUGUCUUUGCGGAGUAUUAAAUGAAAAGGGUAGAAAGGUUACUUUCAUUUUUGGAAUGAAUUUUAUAAUUGUGGUGAUGUAAUACUGGCUAGAUUUUACAGAGGCUAUAAGUUAAGCUUAUGGGUAUAAAUACUGAGGCUUAGUUCUAAUGUUCAUUUUAUACUGGUAGAUGCCGUUGGGGAUUUUUUUCAGCGGCAGGGAAUACAAUUUUUUUUUAUCUGACGUAGAAACUCGUUGA